CCGCGAGGACGGGUCCCUCAGCAACCAGUCUCAGCCCCGGUGGAUAUUUCGUUGAACUGGUCGUGCGGAACUGUUUCAUACCAUGUUUAGAUAGCAUUGUGCAGUCCAUUUGGAUAAACCUACAACAGAAAAGAUGCUGACCCGACCUAAUCAGCUGUUGCUGUAUUUACACUCUGUCACCACAAUAGCGAUGCUGAUCACAGCCCAGCUCUCGUUAGCAGGGCAGGGACGAGUAGUUGCAGUAAACGCCACCGCAGGGAGUAGCGCUGCAAUCAUCCACCCUGUCCCUGAUUUGAGCGGAUUUUGGUCUUACAACGAAUCAGAUCUGAGCAAAUAUGAGGACUUUGACCACUCAAAGUUCCUUGAGGAGCUCCCAGGUGUCCAAAUAGAGGAGCCAGUGACGGGGUCAACUACUCGUGCCCCUUGGCUUCCCUUGAAACCCCCCUCGCCUAGGACUACGCCCCCUCGGCUCACGUCGUUCGACCUUCCGGUGUUCGACAACGGUCAAAUCACCAAUGUGUCUACACAGCUUGGUGAUACGGCAUUCCUCAAUUGCCAGAUCAAGAACAUCCCUGACCACUCUGAAGUAUCUUGGGUACGGAGAAGGGAUUGGCACAUUCUCUCGUCAGGAACUACUACCUUUACCAAUGACGAGCGGUUCCAAGUGUUGCACUCUGACCACUCUGACAACUGGGACUUGCAAAUCAAGUUUGUCCAGAAAAGGGACAACGGUACCUACGAAUGCCAGGUAGCAACAGGCAAAGGUAUUAUCUCUCACUACUACAAUCUUCAUGUAGUGAUCCCAUCAGCUUAUAUUAUUGGGAGUGGCGAGUACCACAUCGGAGAGGGCAGCACAAUAAGUCUCGUCUGUAUCAUUGAAAACAGUCCCACGCCACCGCAGUAUGUGUUCUGGUACCACAAUGAGAGGAUGAUUAAUUACGACACAGUGAGAGGUGGUGUCACAGUCAGCACUGAACCCGGUCCCAAGACACAUAGUAGGUUGGUCGUCAGCAGAGCUACACACGGAGACUCUGGCAACUACACGUGCAGAGCUCCCAACACCGAGGAGGACACUAUCUACGUCUUUGUGUCUAAAGAAGGGGACAAUACGGCAGCCAUCCAGAGACAAGCAAGCUCAAAGACAUCUGGACUGUCAUGGCUACCUCCAGUGUGUGUGUUGUAUUCUUUGUUGCCUUUGUUUCUCUGCUGACUCGACUAACAGUGUAGGCAGGCUCCAAACCGUUUGCUGAUCCCUGGAUAUUUUACGUCUUAAGUAAACUUGCUGGUUAACUCAAACUUCAUAGGAAGUUUAACUAUGGGAUAUAAAAUCAGAGGCUUUAUUUUGGAAAAUAAUUUAUUUAUUUGUGUCUUCAAUUGUGUUUUACUUUGUAAUAAUACCCUAUUUAAUAACAUACAUGACUUUUAUUGCAGUUAUGUUUAGUUUCCGUUUCAUACCAAGAUGAAUAUUGUUAUUACAUAUUAGUGCUGUAUCUAUCCAUACUAAUAAAAUAACAUUUGUAAAUGCAAGUAAUAUACAAUGAUAGAGGGUUUAUA